UAUAACGCACCCAUCCACGGACAGGUUCAUCGGCAGAAAGCGAGCAACGCCUACCCCAAAUUCAGGAGCUAGCUUAGCUUAGCCAUCGAUCGACAAGCAAGCGUGCUAGUGCCACACGCUUACGCUUUCUUGGGUUCUUGCUCGAUCAUCGUCGUCGGCCGAUCGAUCGACCAUGGUGGUGUGGAGGGAUAGCUAUCUGGACCUGAUCCUGGUCCCGCUGGGGCUGCUGCUGCCGGCGCUGUACCACGCCUGGCUGUGGCGGGCCGUGCGGCGCCGCCCGCUCUCCACGGCCUUCGGCGUCUACUCGGCCGCGCGCAGGCUCUGGGCGGCCGGCAUGAUGCGGGACAACGACGACAAGAAGGGGGUGCUGGUGGUGCAGUCGAUCCGGAACGUCAUCAUGGGGUCCACGCUCAUGGCCACCACGUCGGUGCUCUUCUGCACCGGCAUCGCCGCCGUGCUCAGCAGCACCUACUCCGUGAAGAAGCCGCUGAGCGACGCCGUGUUCGGCGCGCACGGGGAGUACAUGAUGGCGCUCAAGUACGUGGCGCUGCUCCUCGUCUUCCUCUUCGCCUUCCUCUGCCACACGCUCACCAUCUGCUUCCUCAACCAAGCCAGCUUCCUCAUCAACACCUCCUGCCUCCCGCUCCCCGACGCCGGUAAGGACGACGACGGCGCCCGCCUGGUCGGCGUGCAGCUUCCGGCCGGCGCCGUGAGCUACUACGUGGGCGAGAUCCUCGAGAGGAGCUUCACGCUCAACUUCGUCGGCAACAGGCUGUUCUACGCCGGGGUGCCCCUCCUGCUCUGGAUCUUCGGCCCGCUGCUCGCCUUCCUCUCCUCCCUCGUCAUGAUCCCGAUACUCUACAACCUCGACAUGGUGAACGUCGCCGCCGACAGAGGAGCGAAGGAGCACAGCAGCGGCUGCAUCAACGGCAAGGCGAACGGGAACGGCUUCAUGCAAGUCUGAUCGAUUCGAAGCAGGUUGAGUUCAGUUCAGCUAGAGGAAGACGAAGGCGUUUCGAUCAGUCCGAUCUCCUGCUCCUUUUACAUGAUGAUUACUAUUAUCUUAAUCUUAGUGCAUGUGUAUGUAAUAUGCACCAUGAAUUGGUAGUGCAGUGCAGUGCAGCACAGCACAUCUCUGAACCUGGGAAGGUACUACUAGCUUUCUUUUCACUCAGACAAGUCGGGAGGGGGUUUCUUGUCAGUUAGUCGGUUUCUGGCUUGUCAGUAGCUGUGGUGCGUGUCGUGUGGAUCGAGUUAGUUGUACUACCAGAAAUUCGGAAUGACAUGGAACCCAUGCAUAGCAUA